GGUUUGAUUUUUCUGUUCGUGCGUUUAAAAGUGAUUUAUUCGAAGCGUUUUCUGAGUUUUGCAUCAAUUGCAGCCAUUUUAUCGAAGGAGUCGCUGUAUAAACAAGAUGGAGGUAAACGUGCCUUGCAUUUCUACGGAACAACGUCUCGUUUGCUCGAUAAUUCCUCCUCUUUCCUUCUCGACGCAUAAAGGUCAAGCUGGUAGAAUAGCCGUUUACGGCGGUAGCAGAGAAUAUACAGGCGCUCCUUAUUUCUCCGCUAUUUCCGCACUUAAAGUAGGAUGCGAUUUAGCAUACGUGUUCUGCAACGAAGAUUCCGCUCCUGUGAUUAAAUCUUACAGCCCGGAAUUGAUCGUUUAUCCUUCAUUAAAUGCAAAUUAUGCGACCGAAGAUAUUAAAAAACACAUCUCUAAGAUUCAUUCUGUGAUAAUUGGACCCGGUCUGGGAAGAGACGAGAAGAUACACGGUGCCAUACGCCGAGUCAUCCAGGAAGCUAAAGAUAUAAAAAUUCCUAUUGUGAUCGAUGCUGACGGAUUGUUCUUCAUCUGUAGCCAUUUCGACGUCAUCAAGGGAUACGAAAAUGCUAUAUUGACACCAAACGCUAUGGAAUUUGCAAGAUUAUACAAAUCGGUCGUGGGUACAGAAUUGUUAAAGGACCAAGAAACGGAUCAAGUGAAAUAUCUGUGUGAGAAACUAGGAAAUGUCACAAUAGUUCGAAAGGGUUGCGAAGAUACGAUAUCGAAUGGGAUUAACACCAUUACCUGUAAAGAAAAAGGAAGUCCUAGGAGAUGCGGAGGACAGGGUGAUCUGUUAUCGGGUUCUAUGGGUGUUUUUGCUUAUUGGAGCCAAUUAGCAUCGAAGAAUAAGGAGUUCAAAUGUCAUAAUACGUCUCCCAUGAUGAUUGCCGCUCUGGGUGCGUGUAUGCUAACGAGACGUUGCAAUAGGCAGGCCUUUCAGAAGUUUUCUAGAAGUACUACCACUUGUGAUAUGAUAAAUGAAAUUAAAACUUCCUUUUCGACUCUGUUCCCCGUUGAUUAAUACUUAAUCUUUAAAUUUUGUUAUUGUUGUUGUUUUUUUUAAUGCUUAUAAAGUUGUGAUUUAAUAAAGAUUUAAUGCAUUAAAAUUACAAAAAAAAAGAGAGAGAAACUGGAUUUUGAAAAUCCAAAACUCAAUUUCUUCUAGUGUAUUUUAAAGUAAAUAUUCAUGGAAAAUAAGUCAUGAGAUUUAAGCCAAUUGUAAGACAAAUUUGAAUGUCGGUGCAGUUUCCAUUUUGCUAGUUAGAAUCACUUAUAAUAUCAGAUUGCGUGAUUAUAAACAAGUAUUCUAAUGUCUCUUAAUAUCUUAUGCAUUAGUUUAAUACGAUACAAACUAUAAUGGUUUUAUAUUCGAUUCUGUUUAAAAUAUCCAAUCGGAUCGCUUGAAUGUGUUUAAUUAUGACGUUUUAAAACUAGUUUGACUAAAUAUGAGGUGUAUUUUCAUGUACCUAACCAAAUACUAGUUCGACUCAGUGGGAGAUUAAGGGGAACUGACACCUUAAAGAAAACAGAAAAUUUUCCUAAUUAAAAUUCACUUUUAUUUAUAUUGUGUCGUGUCUAAUUUCUCUACUACUAACGAAUAAGCGGUACACGAGAUGAAGAUUUUUUUAUGUUCAAUUCAGUUCGUCAUAAAACCCCAAUGCUCCACUGUUUCGGCUUUAUCUUACGUCAUCACUUAAUGAUUUAUAUUGGCUGUGUGCAGACUCAAGUGUUACGAAACAGUUCAGUAUUUAUCUGCCGAAUGCUCUCUGCAUUAGCGGUUAUUUCGAACAACUUGAGUGUUUUUAUGUAACAGUUAGUACCGGAAUUCAUUUACAGUAACUU